AAUUAAACCCACGAUUUUCCGCAUAAAAUACCCUACAGGCACAGAAACAUUUCGCAAUCAUGGGUUCAUCACAUUUACUUUUCUGCCGCCCAUCAUUAAUUUUCAACUGCCCGCCCCUUAAAAUUUCCCCAACUUUAUUUGUACGGAUAAAGCUGGCUUCCAUUUCCCUCACACAAACCACAAAACGACAAUGACACCAUCGUCGGACGACGACAACUCUGCGGCCGCUUCCGCCGCCGCGCGUCCUCCUCCGGUCCUACCCUGGAAGGUGAAGCUCUUCGUCAAGCUCAUGUUAUUCGCGGUGGACCGCUGCUACCGACCGGACGGCACCGUCAACCGCCGGGUCAUGUCCUGGUUCGACCGGAAAUCCCGACCCGGCCGCCGGUCCAACGGCGUCUCGUCCACCGACGUCACCGUUGACCCCGGCCGCGACCUCUGGUUCCGUCUCUACACCCCGAGUACUACUGCAACCGCCGCCGCCGCCGGCCCCUUGCCGCUCAUCUUCUUCUUCCACGGCGGCGGCUUCGCGUUCAUGGCUCCCGACUCCACUCCCUACGACGACCUCUGCCGCCGGCUCGCCGCCGAGGUCCCCGCCGUGGUCAUCUCCGUCAACUACCGCCUCGCACCGGAGCAUCGAUGUCCGUGCCAGUACGAGGACGGCGUCGACGUGCUCAAGUUCGUCGACGGCGGGAGCUGCGAUGAAGUCGCUAGCCUGUGCAAGAAGGCUGGCACUGUGGAGCCGAAAAGGAGCUUCGUGGCGGGAGAUAGCGCGGGAGGGAACAUUGCUCACCACGUUACAAUGAGAGCAGGGGCCCACAAGUUCUCCACGUUGGAGCUGAUCGGCCACAUAUCGAUCCAGCCCUUAUUCGGCGGAGAAGAGCGAACGGCGUCGGAGUUGGAGCUAGCCGACGCGCCCUUCUCCACGUGGAAGCGCACGGACGUGACGUGGAAGCUAUUUACGCCGGUGGGGUCGGACAGGGACCACGUGGCGGUGAAUGUGUUCGGGCCAAACUGCGAGGAUAUUAUGAGUCGGGUCAAGUUCCCGGCUACGGUUUUGUUCGUGGGCGGGUACGACCCGCUGAAGGACUGGCAGAGGCGGUACUACCAAGGGCUGAAAAACGCGGGGAAGGAGGCGAAGCUGGUCGAGUACGAGAACGCGAUUCACACGUUCUAUUCGUAUCCGGAGAUGCCGGAAUCGGGUCGGUUUGUGGAGACGGUCCGGGAUUUCGUCCGCGACCCGAUCGGGUUCUGUUCUUCCGGGUGAGAUCGUUGUGUACUUUGUAUUAUUAGUUUGUAAUACAAGUCAUAUCGGCAUGUAUUGUAAGUAGUAUGAAUUUGUGUUGUUAUUAUGCUUUGUAUGCAAUAUCAAUAUGAUUUUUAUGCUUUGUAUUGUUGGUUUGCAUAUUUUUAUGAUAUGAUUUG